AUGAAACGAAGAGCAUUAGUUUUACCGUGUCGAAUGGUAGUUCGGAUAUUUCGAAGAAGCCUGCGACUGCGGCAUCAGGAGAUCGCGGAGCUCUCCUCUAAAAGAAGGAGCUCCGCGCAAGAAAGGGCACGCAAACGUACCCCUGGGCCCGCCGUGGUGUUGUCCGCCGGGGGUGGCGGUGGCAGUGGGGGUGGAGGUGGGUGCAGACGGCGUGACUUGGAACGACGCGGGGCUGGCGGUCGGGAGGCCCCGUGCCUUGCCACCAUCAGCUCCCCUGUUGCUGGGAGCGCAGGGGGCUGUGGCCCUGUUGUGGGGCUACCCUCCUAUAAAAAGCGUCAAGGUAGCGGUGCCGCCUGGGGUCGAAGUAGUCGUGGACGUGACAGAGGUCGCGGGGGCGGCGCGAACCUAUUCGGUUCAGGCGUCGCCCCCGCGAAUUACGCUCCAGGACUGCCGGGUGUAGCGCCUGAGCUACGGGAAGUCGUGAAUAUUCUUGGCGAGAGGAACCAAGUUGGCACACUCACCGGCGUGGGACCACCGCCGGGGACCUUGGACAACGAUGGCCAAGGAGACGAAGAAGAAGGCACCUCCACGAAACGACCACCCAGAUCCCUCUACAGAAGGCUGAUCAAUUACAUUCGCCAAGCUUGGACCGGUGUGAAAUUCGCUCUUGACUCGGAAUACGAGGAGGAACAAACGCCUCGAUACAGACCGGAUUCUCUGGCGAGCCUUUGUCGAGCCACGGGAUUCACCGAGGCCGAGCUGAAGAGAAUAUAUCGUGGCUUCAAGGCAGAAUGUCCCACGGGAGUCGUCAGGGAGGAAACUUUCAAGUACAUCUUCUCACAGUUUUUUCCGCAAGGUGCCAAUACUAGUCAGUACGCGCAUUAUGUUUUCAACACCCUGGACCAGGAUCAUAGUGGCAUCCUCAGUUUUGAGGAUUUCGUUAUCGGCCUUAGUAUAUUGUCCCGUGGUUCCAUCGAUGAGAAACUACGCUGGACAUUUUCCCUCUACGACAUCAAUGGCGACGGGUGUAUCACGAGGGAAGAAAUGACGGAUAUCGUGACAGCCGUAUACGAACUGAUGGGGAAAUUUGCUGAUCCGAAUUUGGAUCACCAGGGCGUACGCGAGAAAGUAGAUCGAAUGUUCCAGAAAAUGGACGGGAACAAGGACGGAGUCGUGACUCUGUCCGAGUUUUUGGAAGCUUGUCGUGCGGAUCCGGAUAUUUCAACGAGUAUGACAGCUCUGGACACGGCCAUCUGACACCCGGCGCGA